AUGUCAGGAAUUUUUACAUAUCACAAUUUCUCGUUGCAGGAUACACCAUAUCUGGAAGGUCAGGUCGCAGUGGUAACAGGUGGUCAAGCAGGCAUCGGAAAAGAAAUCACAGCACAACUCCUACUCCACGGCAUCGAAAAGGUCAUUGUUGUCGCCAGGGACGAGAACAAGUUCAAAACCGCCUAUGAUGAAUGGAGAGUUAGGAAGGGAAUUGAACUUACUCAAGAUGAUAGCCGAGUUACUUUUGUGAAGUGUGAUCUGGGUGAUAUCGAGGAUGUUUAUGCCGCGGCAAAGAAGAUUAAAGAGCAGACGGAGUAUAUUCAUAUUUUGAUUUGCAAUGCCGGCCUCGGCAUCCAACCCAUAACCCCCCUAAACAACCAUGGAAUCGACCCAAUCUUCACAACAAACUGCAUCGGCCACCAAAUCCUAACAACCCUCCUCCUCCCCCUCCUUAAAAAAACCACCUCAACCACUCCCCACGGCACCCGAAUAGUAAUCUCCUCCUCCAGCCUGCACCAACUCUGCCUCACCCUCUCCCUUCCCGCCCUAACCCAUCCAACAAAAAAAUGGCCCGCAAUUCACGACUCCGUCUGGCGCUACGCCCGCUCAAAACUAGCCAACAUCCUCUUCGCAAAGGAACUAACCCGCCGCCUACAAGAAGACGACGAUCCCGGCGCGAAAAAAGUGUACGUGAACUCGUUUUCCCCGGGGAAUGUGGUGACUCAGCAGUGGCAGGGGUGGAGUGAGCAUUUAGGGAGGGUGGUGGGCGUCGUUAUUAGGGGUUUGGGGAGGUGGUUGGGUCAGAGUGUUGAGGAGGGGGCGGCGACGGCGGUUUAUUUGGCGACUAGUCCCGAGGUGAGUGAGAGGGGGAUUAGGGGUGGGUAUUUUGUGCCUAUUGCGAAGGGGGAGGAGCCGACGAGGUUGGCGAGGGAUGGGGACCUUGCGAGGGAGGUUUGGGAUUGGAUUGAUGAUCGGGUUGCUCAGAUGUUGGGGGAGAAUUGGCAGAGUGGGAAGUGA